UUGACAAGAUCUUCUGCUGAUCUCCUCGACGCCAUGCCGGACUUCACAGAGGCGGACACCAUCCGCAUCCUGGUUGCGACAGACAACCAUGUCGGUUACGAAGAGCGCGAUCCGAUCCGAAAGGACGACAGCUGGAGGACAUUUGACGAGAUUCUGAACAUUGCAAAGGCCCAAGAUGUCGACAUGGUCCUUCUUGGCGGUGACCUCUUCCACGACAACAAGCCCUCGCGAAAGUCCAUGUACCAGGUCAUGCGCAGUCUCCGGAAGAACUGUCUUGGCAUGAAGCCCUGCGAACUCGAGUUCCUCAGUGACGCGAACGAAGUCUUUGAAGGCGCAUUCCCCAACGUCAACUACGAAGACCCCGACAUCAACAUCUCCAUACCCGUCUUCUCCAUCCACGGAAACCACGACGACCCCAGCGGCGAGGGCCACUACUGCUCUCUCGAUCUGCUCCAGGUCGCUGGACUCGUCAACUACUUUGGCCGCAUCGCCGAGGCCGACAACAUCGAGGCGAAGCCCGUGCUGCUGCAGAAGGGACAAACGAAGCUCGCUCUGUUCGGCCUCAGCAACGUGCGUGACGAGCGCAUGUUCCGGACCUUCAGAGAUCACAAGGUCAAGUGGUAUCGGCCGGGCGUCCAGCAGGGGGACUGGUUCAACCUCCUCACGGUGCACCAGAACCACCACGCCCAUACCGCUACAUCCUAUCUUCCCGAGAACGUCCUGCCAGACUGGAUGGACCUGAUCGUCUGGGGCCACGAGCACGAGUGCCUGAUUGACCCUCAACAGAACCCGGAGACUGGGUUCCACGUCAUGCAGCCCGGCUCUUCGGUGGCCACAUCCCUCGUGCCUGGCGAGGCGGUUCCGAAGCAAGUUGCCAUUCUGAACGUGACCGGAAAGGAGUUCAAGGUUGAGAAGAUCCCUCUGAAGACGGUUCGGCCCUUCAUCACGAAAGAGAUCGUGCUAUCGAGCGAUGCCCGCUUCAAGGGCCUGCACACCAAGAAGGAGAAUCGCCAAGAGCUGACGAAGAGACUGAUGGUGGUUGUCGAGGAGAUGAUUCAGGAGGCGACCGAGGACUGGGCGGCUAUUCAAGAGGACGAAGACGAGGAGCCUCCGUUGCCGCUUAUCCGGCUCAAGGUGGAAUACACAGCUCCCGAGGGCGGCCAGUACGACUGCGAGAAUCCACAGCGGUUUUCCAACAGAUUCGUCGGCAAGGUCGCCAACACCAACGACGUUGUCUACUUCCACCGGAAGAAGGCCGGUGCCUCCAGACGCAACGCCGACACAGAUAUCCCAGAGAUGCUGGAGGAGGCUCUGGGCCUCGACACUGUCAAGGUGGAGGCUCUUGUUCAGGAGUUCCUGGCAGCGCAGUCCCUCAAGAUCCUCCCUCAGGCCCCCUUUGGAGAUGCUGUCAACCAAUUUGUCAACAAGGACGACAAGCAUGCGAUGGAGGAGUUCGUCAGCGAGUCCUUGGCCGGCCAGGUCAAGCAAAUGCUCAGCCUCGACUCGGACGACGACGAUUACGACAACGCCAUGGAGAAGUACCGUGCCAAGCUUGAGGAGCAGUUCUCCAAGGGAGGUCUGAAGCAGACCUCGGCAAGACGCAAGGUCAAGCCGAAGCCUGAGGAAUGGGACUCCGACCUGGACGGGCACUGGGAAGACCAGCCUGGCGUCAUCGAGACCGAGGCCGUCGCGCAGCCCUCGGCCAGAUCGAGACGGGCGCAGACUCAAGACGACGACGACAUGAUGGACCUCGAGGACGAGCCGGCGACCCGUCAACCCGCGAAGCGCGCGACGACCGCACGAACCACCAAGGCCGCCGCCACGAAGAAGGCCCCCGCGAAGAAAGCGCCCGCCAAGAAGGCCCCCGCCCGAGGCCGCAAGAAGCCCGUGUUCGAGGACGAAGACGAGGAGGAGGAGGAGGACGUGGUCAUGGACGACGACUUCGACGAGCCGCCCGCGCCCGCGCCCACUCGGGGCAGGCGAUCGCAGCCGGCCCGCGCGGCUCCCGCCAAGACGCGCCAGACGAAGCUCAACUUCUCGCAGGCCACGGCUUCGCAGAAGGCGGUGGAGAUCAGCGACGACGAGAUUUCCGAGGACGACGCCUUUGAGCCCGCCCCGACCACCACCCGCUCUCGGCGGAGAUGA